GUGAGGGAAGCAGCCCGGCUUCACCACUCUCUUUCUCGUCUGACUGCCAGCUCCAGUACCUCAGGUAUCUGACCAGCCUGACUCCAGCUACUGUUUUACUGCAACUCCCUGCAACCACUGACAGUCAGGGAGUAGAAGUGUCACAUGCGCAAAUACACUUGGUAUUAUUUUCCAGCUGCUUUACCCCCAUACACGGACAAUUCUACUUUAUUUACUGAUUCUAUAGAAUCCCUGCUCAGCAGCACCAAGUAUACGACUGCCUGGCGGGCACACAAUCGAAAUACAGUGCCUCAGGGUUCACAGCUAUCGCAGCUCUGACUGAACAGGAUCCCUGCAACCCGGACUGAAUUAGAGAGCCUGUAGCUCAGACACCUUUUAAGAGCGAGGCUCGGUAAUUUGCAUGUGAAGCCCCGCCCCGCGCUGAUGUCACGAUGGGAGAGUGGGAAGCUGCUGGCAGGAGCAGAGCUGAGUUCAGACAGCAGGGUUAGAGCUGCUCAGCGCUUGUACACAGUGAGCUCCAAUCAGCCCAUCUCCACUGACCUGUGCACACAGCCGCCAAGGAUCUGCCUCUUGGGUCUUCUGAGCACCGCAGCCAAUUGUUCUCUCCUCUCAUUCCCCGAAGGAUAGAUGUCUCUUUGAAGGCUGUCAGCCAAACUUGUUAUUAGACUUUGUCACCUGCUCCACGGCCUGGAAUUACCGUCCUGAGAGCCCAGCGACUCCUCCAGAACUUUGGAUACAUUGUUUGAUUGAGUCAUUAGCACCGGGAUCCAGCUGUGGACUUGGUCGGAAGACAGAAGAUUUGGCACGACGCAGGAUUUUAGCUUUCAAUUCUUCAACUUCCAAUUGCUGCUUCAGUCAUCCUUACUGUACAUGAUGCUGAUGAGCUGCUGUAGAGCUGAACACCAGUCUGUGGCAUCCAGGAGCUGAAGGUCACAUUGAGGCUGUUCACCCUGCAAUGGAGAUAUAGCAUCUGCAGUUUAUAAUAAAUUUGAUUUAUCAAGGCACUAUUCUGAAAGACUCAAACAUUCUGGAGAUGGACUUAUUGUCUGGAACAUACAUUUUGGCAGUUUUAAUAGCCUGUACAGUAUUUGAGUCUGGUGCUCAGGAGAAGAAUUAUAUAAUACGGGAAGAACAGCAAGAAAAUGUACUCAUUGGAAACUUACUAAAAGACCUUAACCUUACUCUAGACGUUGAUAUAUCUUUGUCAACCCCCCUUCAGUUUAAGCUGGUGUAUAAGACUGGUGAUGUUCCAUUGAUUCAUGUUAAAGAGAACACUGGUGAAAUUUUCACGACUUCAAAUCGAAUAGACCGGGAAAAGCUUUGUUCUGGAAUUUUCACCGAAAACAAAUGUUUUUAUGAGGUGGAAGUGGCAGUCCUGCCCGAUGAGGUCUUUAGAUUAGUUAAGAUCCGUUUCUUAAUUGAGGAUAUCAAUGAUAAUCCCCCUCUCUUCCCAUCAACAGUCAUCAAUAUAUCAAUUCCUGAGAACACUGCUGUUAAUUCCAGAUACUCUGUUCCAUCAGCCAUCGACCCAGAUGUGGGUGUGAAUGGAAUCCAACACUAUGAACUCCUUAAGGGCCAAAAUGUGUUUGGACUUGAUGUCAUUGAAACACCAGAAGGGGAUAAAUGGCCACAACUUAUUGUGCAGCAGAGCUUGGAUAGAGAACAGAAAGAUACCUACGUCAUGAAGAUCAAAGUUGAGGAUGGUGGAAAUCCAGCAAGAUCCAGUACAGCAAUUUUGCAAGUAACUGUUACAGAUGUCAAUGACAACCGGCCUGUUUUCAAGGAGAAAGACAUUGAGGUGAAUAUUCCAGAAGAUGCAGCAGUGGGAACAUCAGUAACACAACUCCAUGCUACAGAUUCUGAUCUGGGCUCAAAUGCAAAAAUUCAUUUUUACUUUGGGAAUCAGGUUACCAACCUUGCCAAAAGGCACUUUGCUAUAGAUAAUAACACAGGAUUAAUUACUGUCAAAGAACCUCUUGAUAGGGAGGAGUCUCCCUACCAUAAACUGACUGUGUUGGCAAGUGAUGGCAGUUCAACUCCAUCCAGAGCUACUGUAACCAUAAAUAUUACUGACAUCAAUGAUAACAUUCCGUCAAUCGAUACAAGGUACAUUAUAAAUCCCGUGAAUGGCACAGUGCUAAUCUCUGAAAAAGCUCCACUGAAUACAAAAAUAGCCCUAAUAACUGUAACUGACAAGGAUGCUGAUCUGAAUGGCAAAGUGACAUGUUUUACGGAUCACGAUGUUCCGUUCAGGUUAAAGCCAGUAUUUGACAAUCAAUUCUUGUUAGAGACAGCAGCACCACUAGAUUAUGAGAGUACUCGAGAAUAUGCAAUCAAAAUCAUCGCUUCAGACUCUGGGAAACCUCCACUAAAUCAGUCGUCAAUGCUGCUGAUUAAAAUAAAGGAUGAGAAUGACAAUGCUCCUGUUUUUACAUUACCAAGGAUUGGCUUGUCCUUUGUUGAAAACAAUCCUCCAGGAACAGAACUGACCAAAAUUAGUGCAACUGAUGCAGACAGUGGGCGCAAUGCAGAGCUAAGCUACAUGUUGGGACCCAGUGCCCCCACAAUUUUCAAUUUGGAUCGGAGGACAGGAAUUCUCACAGCGGUUAGAAAACUGGACAGGGAAAAGCAAGACAGGUACACAUUCACAGUAAUUGCAAAGGAUAAUGGGAACCCUUCUUUACAGGCCAACACUACUGUCACCUUGUCUGUCCUUGACCAAAAUGACAACAGCCCCUCAUUCACUCAUAAUGAAUAUAACUUUUAUGUCCCAGAAAACCUUCCUAUGUAUGGCACAGUGGGUCUAAUCACAGUGACUGAUGCUGACUCAGGGCAAAAUGCAAUUGUCACACUCUCUCUUGUCAAUGCCAGAGAUAAUUUUAUCAUUGAUCCUCUUACAGGUGUCAUCAGACCAAAUAUUACAUUUGAUAGAGAGCAACAAGGUUCAUACACUUUCCAGGUCAAAGCUUUAGAUAAAGGCAGCCCGCAAAAGUCCUCGACCGUAAAGGUAACAAUAUUCGUUGAAGAUGUCAAUGAUAACAAGCCGGUAUUUGUCAUCCCUUCCAAUAACUAUUCCUAUGAUUUAGUGCAAACGUCAACAAGCCCAGGAUCUGUAGUGGCAAGGGUACGUGCAAUUGACAAUGACACAGGCAUAAAUGCUGACCUGCGUUACAGUAUUGUUGGAGGAAACUCAAGAGGCUUGUUUGCAAUCGGGGAAAAGAGUGGGAAUAUCACAUUAAAAGAAAAGUUGCUUGCUGGGGACCAUGGUGUAUUGUACAAACUGGUUAUAAAAGUAAACGAUUCAGGAAAGCCAGAACCCUUUCAUACCAUUGCUUUUGUGCAUUUAUUUGUUAAUGAAACCAUUACCAAUGGAUCUUAUGUACAAGAGCUCGUGAGAAAGAGUAAGGAAACAUCAGUCGGAGAGGAUUUUAGAGAUGGUGAAAUAACACCGCAGACCAAUGACUACGUUAAGAUAGUCAUUGCUAUUAUUGCGGGCACGAUGACAGUGAUCCUUGUCAUUUUUGUCACUGCUUUGGUACGCUGUCGCCAGACGCCAAGGCACAAAGUUGUCCAGAAAAGUAAGCAGAGUGGAGAAUGGGUUUCCCCUAACCAAGAAAACAGACAGAUCAAGAAAAAGAAGAAGAAGAAGAAGCGUUCCCCCAAAAAUCUGCUCCUCAAUUUUGUCACAAUUGAAGAAUCCAAGUCAGAGGACCCUGCUCAUGAGCACAUUAAUGGCACUUUGGACAUUCCUGUGGAGUUAGAAGAACAGACUAUGGGAAAGUAUAAUUGGGCCACCACACCAACCACUUUCAAGCCAGAUAGCCCAGAUUUAGCCAAGCACUACAAGUCUGCUUCACCGCAACCUACAUUCCAGAUUAAGCCUGAGACACCAGUUGCUCCUAAGAAGCAUCAUGUCAUUCAAGAGCUGCCUCUUGAUAAUACAUUUGUAGUUGGCUGUGACUCAUUGUCUAAGUGUUCCUCCAGUAGCUCGGACCCUUAUAGUGUCUCGGAAUGCAGCUGUCAAGGAGGCUUCAAGGCACCUGGUCCUAUUCACACAAGACAGAUUGCUAAGGAAGCAGCAAAGCCUCAAAGUCCUCAAAAAGAAUCCAACAUGGAAACAUGGAUUCAACCGACGUCCCAGCGUCGUGUCACAUUUCACCUACCCGACGGCUCCCAGGAAAGUUGCAGUGACAGUGGAUUAGGAGACCAUGAAUCUACAGGCAAUGCAAACACCUCACAUCCUCUACCUCUUGGCUUUCCUCGAGAAGAAUACUAUGAGCAAACAUCAACUAACAGUCGGACAGAGGGAGACGGUAACUCAGAUCCUGAAUCAACUAUUGAAGUCAACCUUCAAAAAGCACUGACAGAAGCCUCUGAGACCUGCACACAGGAAUGCCUUAUCCUAGGCCACUCUGAUAACUGCUGGAUGCCACCAUCAUUAAUGCAAUACCAACAAUCUAAUCCUCCUUUGCCAUCAUUUGGAUUUCAGCAAGGAUUCGGAAGAGGAACUAGACCUGAUGGAGUGCACACUCUUGGAAGACCUGGGACCAAGGUUGAUAUUGACAAAGGGGCUCCACGACCUCAGUUUUACAACACGUGUGAAAGACACUGUACUAAUAAAGAUUCAGUGAAGGUUAUUCCCCUGGCAAACUUCACCCCUUGCCAAAAAACACCAGGUUCAGGGAAUAAUUCAAUAUGUGUACACGAGCACCAGCUCUAAGAAAUAUGUUAUAUAGCAGCUAUUUUCGUCUUUCUGUGUGUCAGAUGUAUAUAGUCAAUGCUUAACAAUCCCUAUAAAAAAUGUAGAGGAGUAAAGUCAAUGAAACUUGGAUUUUAGUUUAGAAUUGAAUAUAUCUUGACUAGCACUGCUAUUUGUCACAUGAAAAAAGUGUUUCUACUAAAUAUACAGUAGAACAAUGGUCCUAUUCCAUGGUUUAAAUAGUUUAGCACUGCGCUUGUUACUUACUAAACAUACAUUAUUUAAACCCCUGAUAAUAUCUUUUUAAAUACAGUAGAUCCCAGCACAUCAUACUCUCACUCUGACUUAUUUAGUUGGCAUAUUGUAUAUAGCACAUUUAAUCUUAUUUUACAUAUAGAUGAUAAGGACAUAGAAUGCAUAUUGGCUUAGUUAUUUAAUGUCAAGCUUUUAGUUUCAGUAGGCCACUCCAGCUAUAUGUAAAAAAACUGUCACAUAUGUAAUGGUGUGGAUUAAAGUUUCACUAGAGAUUUCUUUAUUUUUCUUUUGGAUGGAAUUAAAAUCCAGUUUUAAAUAAGUUAUGUACAAUGAAGGAAUGUGGAUUUCUUAAUCAUGCAGUUUAAAUACUAUCUAUUUGAAAUCCUGUGCAGCUCACAAGUGCGGCACUGAAAAAUUAUUGUUUUAUGAUUUCAUAUAUUAGUUACCACUUGGAAGGACUAUCUUGCAAAACAUACAUUUUACAGUUAAAAAAAAAAAAAUUCCACUCUUCAUUCAGCUACAGUUUAACAAUUAUUUUGGGUAGUAACAUUGGGGGGGUCAUUUAUUAAAGUCUGAAUGGCAAAAACGCAAAACAUUUGAAAAAUUAUACCCCGAGAAUGGAAAAAGUCAGAAUCCCAAAAUCCAGCAUCUCAGACUUACCAAGGUUGUAUGUAAGGAAAUGUGAGAGUUUCCUAUCCUAUUUGGAAGUUUCUGCAGUCUGCGCUGGAAUUGCCUCGAAAAUCUGACUAUUUGAGAUUUUCAGGCAAAAAUCUAAAAAAAUCUGGCUUUUCCAGAAAAAAAUCGGGAAAACACUCUAGUUUCUAGUUUGGCUGUACUUUUAUCAAAAAUGUGGAUUUUGAUAAAUAAGGGCCCCGCAAUUGAAAUUUUCAGAGUUUGGAAAACAGAGUGCAAGCAAUAAAAAUAUUAGAAACUCCAGUUAUAGCUGUCCAAUAUGGACGUGGCUGACAUACAGUAGGAUGAUGAAAGUUGCAGUUUUUCAAAAACUGGGAAGCUAUGGGUUAAUCUUGACAACAUAUAGUCAUUUCAUUUAAUACUGUUAGCCUGAACAAGAUAUUUAGUAUGGUACAGCAAGUACAGGUAAAGGGUGUAUUAUUGUAUUCACAAUCUGCAGUUCCAGGGGUUUUUCAGAUAAGGGAUCUGUAAUUUGGAUCACAUUCACCAUACCUUUACCCUGCUAAAAAAAAUGAAAACAUUUAAAACAACACUAAUUAAGGGGUCAUAACCUCUCCAUAAUGGGGUUAUGUUAGUUUAGUUUCAAUAAAUUACAAUGUGCAGCUUUUUUAUUACAGAAGAACAAUGGUCAAAAAAUAAGAAUUAAGAACUGCUUAAACUAGGGUUUCCAGAAAAUAGAUCCUAUACUUGUACAUGACUUAUAUCAGCAGGUUACAAGAAUGAAACACAUUCAAAUUCACUUCUAAUUGGCAAGUGCCAUAAUAGUUAAAAAUUCUCCGUCCUCCAGCACCGAUCUAAUCAAAAUCUGUUUCUGAAGAUAGAGAAGGCCAGUAAACCUUAUAAUAAAUGCAAAAGAGUUGCCGGUUCAGAAAUAUACAUUUGUUAUGCAUUAGCUUCCAUCUAGCAUUCGUGUUCUUUUCCGCAGCCUUUAAGUUCUGCUCUUGUAUAAACAUAUCUAAUUCAAUGAAAUUCUUGAGUUGAAUGAUUCUUAAAAGAAAGUAAUAUGUAAGGUGGACCUGGAAUGCACUUAGUAAAAUAGAUUAUGACGGAAAAAUAAAGAAAUCCUGUGAAUUUUGAUUGGAUAAAUUUCUGUGUACGAUUGUUAAUAUAACCUGACCUUGUAAUUUACAAUCAAACAUUUGUGUGAAAUGCUGUAAUUUAUUCGCUUGUACGCCUAUAGAAAUCUCACUUGUUGAAGGAUCCAGAUGAAUGCUAAAACAGCUUUUGUACUCUGUGUGCCCAGCAAUUAUUAGUAGUUGCAAUUUUGAUAUUGUCCCCAAUGUAAAAUGAUGGGGGGAAAAAGAUGUUUUCAAUGUGCAAAAAAAAAGUUUCACUUUAACUUUAUAAUAAUAGUCACCUGCAAAUAAAACCCAGUAUUAAUAUGUGUAUAUUUUUAAUCUUUUUUUGUUCUUUUUUUAUUUAAGUAUAUAAUUCUCCUGUGGCACACUGAAUUCAAGUUGCAUGUAUUGCCUAGAAAUAAAUGUUAAUUCUUACAGGACUUGAAUACAUUAGCUGUAGUCUUCACUUCAGAUGUCAUGUUAACUUUCUAACUGUGUUUCUAUGUCAACAAUAAAUAAAUGUUUCAAAAUGUUA